GUUGUUGUCUUAUAUAUCGUCGAUCCAAUCCUGCCUUGUUUCUCUUUCCCCUCAUUCAGCAUGGCUGGACUCUAGUCCACCUUUCCCUCUUCCCCGCUUACUUAACAAGCGACCCUUCUUGCAUCCUUGUGUUUCCUGCUGGGUGUUUGCUGUGUCACCAUCUACAUCAUCAUCUACCUACCAACCCGUCGGUCUGAACCACCGGCAUGUUGGACCCUAUACCGCCGCCGCCAGCAUGGCUGCGAGACGUCGUCGACCCCUGGGCCCAGCGUGUCAACCUGCCUGGCCUCUCCGAUCACUUCCAUGAGGUUAUCAUCUUUUUCUUAGGCUACCAGUUCAUCCACUCGGUGCUGUCCCCAUGGCUCUCCCCGAUCCUCUUCCCCCACCACUACCCGAGUCUCAACAAGCGCACCAAGCUCAACUGGGACGUCCAUGUUGUCUCUCUGAUCCAGAGCAUCUCCAUCUGCGUCCUGGCUCUGUGGGUCAUGUUCACCGACAAGGAGCGCCAGUCCAUGACCGCCGGCGAGCGCGUCUACGGAUACACAGGUGGCUGCGCUUUGGUGGGAUCCAUGGCUCUGGGAUACUUCGUCUAUGAUCUCAUCAUCAGCACGAUGCAUCUCCGCAUGUUCGGCGUCGGCAUGCUAUUCCACGCCAUCAGUGCCCUCUGGGUAUUCAGCUUCGGCUUCAGACCCUUCGUAAACUACUACUGCCCCAUCUUCAUCCUCUACGAGCUCUCCUCCCCCUUCCUCAACAUCCACUGGUUCCUCGACAAGAUCAACAUGACCGGCAGCAACCUCCAAUGGUACAACGGCAUGGCCCUCCUCUUCACCUUCUUCUCCUGCCGCCUCAUCUGGGGCACCUGGCAGUCCGUCCUCGUCUACAAAGACAUGUGGUACGCCCUGAAACAAACCUGGGACGCCACGGGCGUCUCCGCCCUGACCCCCGUGGACAUCACCACGCAGGUCUUCCAGCUCCGCGACGGCGCCCUCUGCGUCGACGAGGCGUGCGCGCGCGCCGGCGCCGAAAUCUCCAAGUACGCGUCCCACACCGCGGCCGGCGUCCCCACCUGGCUGGUCCUCACCUACGUCGCCUCCAACCUGAUCCUCAACUCGCUCAACUACUACUGGUUCUCGAAGAUGGUUGAGACCGUCCUGAAGCGGUUCCGCCCCGAGAACAAGGACAAGUCCGCCUCCCAGGCCGCCAAGGAGGAUAUUGCGCAGAAGGCCGUGCUUGACGCUGCCACCAAGUUGGAGGAAGAGGAGGGCUCGCUAUAUUUGGGCGAUCAGGCCUCGCAGCAGAAGGUCGCGUCGGGGGUGGAUGCCGCGAGAAGUGAUGAGCUGAAGAAGCGGACUCGGAGGGCCUAACCACUCCCAUCUUCUUCUUUCUUCCCCCUACUCACCCUCUCUCUCUCUCUCUCUCUCAAUCUCGCUCUCUAGCUACUCACUACCUCCGCACCCCUAUAUAUGGCCUGCGGCGUCAGUUCUAGAUAGUGAGUGGGAUGUUAUGUGCCUCUGGCACUACACAAACACAAGAUCUAUUCAUUUUUUUUAUUGAUAUAAUACAAUGAAUCACCGAUGGUCUUCGCAACGACUGGGCUUGCUUCUUCUCCUGUCUCUUUUCCGAAUGAUUGGCAUUUUCUGGUGGUAGAUUUGUUGGUGUGCUGUUUGGAAUGCGGUUAUAGCUAUCAGUAUAAAGCUGUGUUACGGAAGCGACAGUCUGCUUCUUAAUAGUGAGCUGAAGCUGGAGUGCUACGCAGCUUCGAUGCAGAAUAGAGAUAGUAUCUGAACAGUCUGAAUGAAGCAUG